CUAGUUGCCUGGCAACGGGACUCGACUCCCGGAUCGAAGGGAGGCGCAGGCACGGAGAAGGCGCCCGCUGUUUUCCAGGAACGCUUCCUCUCGCUUGGCUGGCCCGUGGCCGGCAGCUGGGUUCCGACGGUUGGAGCUUGGGAGUGGCGCAGCGCUCGUCCCCACGAGGCCGAGGGAAGGCUGGUUCGCGCCGGGGGCCGGGUUCUCAGCCCCUGAGCGUUUUUAUUUGGAAGUCAUAGAUGGAGUCGAUAUAUCUUCAAAAGCACCUUGGGGUAUGUCUAACUCAAGGUCUUGCAGAAGUGGCAAAAGCUCGCCCAGUGGAUCCUAUAGAAUAUUUAGCACUGUGGAUUUACAAGUAUAAGGAAAACAUGGCCAUGGAACAAUUGAGACAAAAGGAAAUGGCCGAUUUGGAGCAUGAAAGAGAAGUAGCUCUGAUAGAGCAGGAAAUGAUGGAGAGGCUCAAAGCAGAGGAGCUCUUGUUUCAGCAGCAACAGCUGGCAAUACAGAUGGAGUUGGAAAUGCAAGAAAAAGAGAGACAGAGACUAGAAGAACAACGGAGAGCUCAAGAACAAUUAGAGAAGGAGAUGAAAAUGAAUAUGGAAAAUAUGGGUAAGAGUGAAGAUGCUUCUCAUUCAGAGGAGGCAAUACAAGACUCAAGCAAAACACUGGCUGAAAUCAGUGAUCGAUAUGGAGCACCUAACUUGAGCAGAGUGGAAGAACUUGAUGAGCCAGUGUUAUCUGAUGUGGAAACACAAGACUCAAGCAAAACACUGGCUGAAAAUAAUGAUGAAUAUGGAGCACCUAAUUUGAACAGAGUGGAAGAACGUGAUGAGCCAGUUUUACCUUAUCAACAGCUGACAUUCCAGCAGAAGUUGGAGAGACAGAGACUAGAAGAACUACGGAGAGCUCAAGAACAAUUAGAGAAGGAGAUGAAAAUGAAUAUGGAAAAUAUGAGUAGGAGUGAAGAUGCUUCUCAUUCAGAGGAGGCAGCACAAAACUCAAGCAAAACACUGGAUGAAAAUAAUGAUGAAUAUGUAGCACCUAAUUUGAACAGAGUGGAAGAACUUGAUGAGCCAGUGUUAUCUGAUGUUUCAUUAAACAUUGAUCAAGAUUUGUAGGAACAACGAACCUAAGAGCAAUAAAUUCUUAUGCUUGUUUCUAA